AUGGCAUCUUCAACAGCCACCUCUGAAUCGAUAGACUACUCCACUAUUGAUAAUUUGGCAAAAACCCAAGAGUAUGUCCCUACCCCUUUUGCAAUUAAAUCUAUCAAUGUUGGGGAUGACCUUCCUUCAACAUUGUUACAAGUUUUGUCAUUUCAGAAAAUGCAGAACAACACAGAUGAUACUGACAGACAUAAAUUAGUGUUAUCUGAUGGCACAUACAUGCAGUUGGCAAUCUUGCCCUCUAAGUUUAUUGUAAUACUUAGUUUGGAAGUGAAACAAAGUGAUUGCCCGUUCUUUGGUAAACCAGUAUACAUGUUCAAAGAACAACAACCAGAAAUGAUGUUUGAGGACAGACCAUCAACAUCUAAACGAUCUCUUCAAUUUGCCACUGAAUUGCCAUCCCCACAAACAACAACUUCUGAAAAUAUAAGCCCUAUCAAAAGUUCACAUUAUCUUAUUUCAAAGGGAUCUAUUAAGGAGGCAAAUGCAAGGUACAACAAACUAAAUAGUCAUUUAGAAAUCACCUUGUCUAAUGCAUCCAUACUAAAACAUUGCACCAAUGAAGAACAAGCAGAUCAACAAGGUCCUCCUUUCACGCCCAUUAAUAAAUUGUUUCAUCUAACAAAUAACAUGUUGGUUGACAUAAUUGGCCUUGUUCUAUAUGUUGGAGAUAUCAUUCCAAUACACAAGAAAGAUGGCAAUCAAACACACAAACAUGUUGUGAAAAUUAGUGAUAUAUCUAAUUCAACAAUUGACAUCAACCUAUGGGGUCUAAUGGCAAAACAAAAAGGACUAGAAUUGAAAAAUAUGUUGAGCAAUGAUAGUGUGGUUAUCUUUUCUUUACGUAAUGCUCGUGUUGGCUAUUUCAAUGGGAAGCUUAUAAACAUAACAGCUGCAACCACAUUACAUAUCAACCCAACUUUUCUAGAAGCAGAGCUUCUAACAUUAAGAGGAAAGGACCCUUUGCUUGUUGUACCCUUUGUUGCAGAAACUAUCCACAUAGAUGGUAAAUAUAGUAGAAUGACUAUUUAUUCAAUCCAUGAGUGGAUGAGCAUCAAACUAGAAACAAUUCAGACAAAUUUGCUAGCCAUUCUGCGCUUUGUAAACGUAACUGACCAAAAUUUCUAUUACGCAGCCUGUCCACUAAUAGUCAAUGGAAGGCCUUGCAAGAAAAAAUGUACACAACAAGUUGAUGAUUCUUGGUUUUUCUCUAGAUGUCAAAUGACUAUGCAAGACUAUAAUUAUAGUUACCUCUUGCCACUAAAGUUACAAGAUGCCACAGGUACUCUAUGGGCCACUGUUGUUGAUGAGGGUAGCAUUCACUUGCUACAGAAAACUGUAAAACAACUUUGUGCACUACAAAAUGAUGCAACAACAACAAAGACAUCUUGCUCAGUGAUUAAGAGACUACUGUCAUGUCACUAUUCAUUCACACUGUUGGUUUCCACUGAGACAUAUAAUUCAGAGUCAAAGAUGAAAGUGACAGUCAAUAAAGUCGCUCCCGUUGACUUCAAAGCUAAGUGUCAUGCACUACUUCCAGAAAUUGGCCGCCUAAGUACACAGACUUAG